AUGGCACGAUACCAACCACCAGCAAUUGCAGCUCCCAAGCGCAAAUCCAAGAAGAGAAAAGCACGCACAGAAGUGCGCCAAGUUUCCUCUUCGAGUGAAAGCGAUAGCGAUAGCGAUGUCGAGGUGCCGAGGGAAAAGAACGAGAGUGUAAAGGCUGGUGCUGUGGUUAAGGGAAAGGAUGUGUCGACUUCGUCUGCGCCUGUGCAUGUGGCAGCUCCAGUAGUGGAAGAGGGAACCAUGUCUAAAUCUGCAAAGAAAGAGAAGAAAAAGAAGAAAGACAAGAAAUCUCGGUCAUCGAUAGCAGCAGCACAGGAACAAGAGUCUACUACCGAUGUCACCAUGCAAGACGCCACUUCCUCAGCGUCAAUGUCACCCGCACCAGCACCAGCGCCAGCAUCUACGAGCAGCACAACCACAAAGUCAAACCCAUCCAAGCCUGCCAAACCAGCCCCCGAACCUCGAGAAGAUUUCGAAGCACUCUAUCUUCGCAAGGUAGCUGCCGAACUAGCAGAUGACCUUGACAAAGUACGCGAGGCGCAGGAUUUCAAGGCGAGUAGUGUGCCGAUGCUUAUUCAUGCAUUGAAGCAAGGUAGUGCUUUGUUUAGUGCCGAGGAAAAGAGGAGGGUUAUUGGUGCUGUGGUUUGA